GACGACGCGACACAAAAAAAAGAAACCAUCCGCCCGAAUUGCACGACUUCGGCUAGACGAGGGCGAGCGGUAGAUAAAUGCCCGGCGACUCUAGCGCCCCAUUACAUCCCGCUCCGAGUCCACCAUGACACGGCGCAUUGUCCGCACAAUAGUGCAAACCACUACCGCCGCCAUCUUCACCUUCAUCGUCAUCUUCUUCCUCGACCGCAACUACCGUGUCCUCCCCAACGCCAUACACGAAUACCUACCCUCCCACCACUCGGGCACCGUCGUCACCGACAUCACCCUGACAAAAUGCUCGUCCCUGAACGUCUUCUCGUCGUGCAAGCUCGACUCCACCGUCUGGCACCGCAUCGACAAGGACCUGUACCUGCGCCGCAGCAUGUUCUCGUCCGCCUACCUACACAUCCAGCGCAAGCGCGAGGAGGAGCUGACGCCCGAGGACAAGGUGGUCAUCGACGUCAGCGUCGGCCGCCUGCACCCGGACGUCAUGGCCGCCAAGAGCAGUGGACACAACCUCGCGAGGGAAGCGCCCGAGAGUGGUGAUGGUGGAGGGGGGGAGGAAUGGUGGGAGUCGCGUCCCGGCGGGUUGUGGAUCAAGCGAAGCAACAAGCGCGGCGUGAGCGAUUCCAAGAGCGCCGUGACCGAGAUCGACGUGCUGUUUGGGGAUGAUGCCGUCGAGGCGCGGCCUGGGUGGGAGAUCACGGCGGGGACGGCCAUGCUGCUGGAUGGGAGUUCGGGGAUGUUGCCGGUCCACGUCACCAUUCGGCGCGGCGCCGAGCAUGAUCCUUACCAGCCGGUGCCGAAGGUUAUGGACAAUGGCCGGUUUAAGAUCAUGCAACUGGCGGAUUUGCAUCUGAGUACGGGAGUAGGAAAAUGCAGAGAUGCGGUGCCGGAGGACUGGAAUGGGGGGAAGUGCGAGGCUGAUCCGAGGACGCUGGAUUUUGUCGAGAAGAUCUUGGAGGAGGAGAGACCGAAUCUGGUCGUGCUCAGCGGGGACCAGGUCAACGGCGAGACUGCGCCAGAUGCGCAAACGGCUAUCUUCAAAUACGCGCAAAUCCUCAUCAAGCACAAAAUUCCUUACGCAUCCAUCUUCGGUAACCACGACGACGAGGGCUCCAUGUCGCGUGCAUUACAGAUGGAACUUAUCGAAAAGCUCCCCUACUCUCUCUCCAAGGCGGGCCCCGCAGACAUCGACGGGGUCGGCAAUUACUACGUCGAGGUUCUGGCCCGCGGCAGCUCGGGCCAUUCCGCCAUCACUGUGUACUUGCUCGACUCUCACUCGUACUCGCCCAACGAGCGCAAGUUCAAGGGAUACGACUGGAUUAAGCAGAACCAGAUCGACUGGUUCCGCAAGACCGCCCAGGGCCUCAAGAAGAGCCACAAGGAGUACACCCACCACCACAUGGACGUAGCGUUCAUCCACAUACCCAUCCCUGAGUACACGUACCCGAAUGUGACGUUGGUGGGUCAGUGGAAGGAACCGAGUACCGCGCCGGGUUAUAACUCGGGGUUCUAUGACGCACUAGUCGACGAGGGGAUCUCCAUGGUCAGCUGUGGGCACGAUCACGUAAACGAACACUGCGGCCUCUCCCAAACAAAAGACGCAAAGCCGGCCCUUUGGAUGUGCCACGGUGGCGGCGUCGGGUUCGGCGGCUACGCGGGCUACGGCGGCUUCUACCGCAAGAUCCGCAUCUUCGACUUCAACACGAACGAGGCCCGCAUCACCACCUGGAAGCGUGCCGAGUACGGGCCCGACGUAGAUAAGCGGAUCGAGGAGCUGAUCCUGGUGGAUGCGGGGCGGGUGGUGGCGCCGAUGCAGGAGUAACUAACUCACCCACCCUCUUAACCACCCCGAGAGGGUACGUACAAGACAGUUUAAAAAAAAGGAAGGGAUGGGCAGCGAUAUA